UCAGGCAGGCAGUGUGUGUGGGUUGUCUGUGCGAAAUUAACCACAGCCAGGCACUGGGCGACAUCGUCGGGAAACGCAACUGGUGCUGGAUCCACUAUUCAGCCAUCAUAUGUGGCUUGGCGCGCAUAGACGUGCAGCCAAUCAGAGGCUCAAUCGAAACGAAACGAAGCAAUUACAGGGGGAGCUGACGUGGCGUUAUGUCGCUCACCGGAGUGGAAGUCACGACAGAGGUGUGGCUGGCUUGUGUCACACAUGCCUUGUCCACAGAAACAGAAGAGAUCAUGGGAUUACUACUGGGCGACGUGGAGUAUCCGGAGGACAGAACUGCAGUGGCACAUGUUUGGGCGGUUGCACCUCAGACAAGAUCAGACAGGCGGAAGGACCGUGUGGAGACAAAUCCGGAGCAGUUAGCUGCAGCGUCAGCGGAGGCUGAGAGAUUGACAGCAGUUACAGGGAGGCGGACACGUGUCAUUGGCUGGUAUCAUUCACAUCCUCACAUCACAGUUCUUCCCUCACACGUUGAUGUGCGGACACAGGGGAUGUAUCAGAUGCUUGAUGAAGGUUUCGUUGGUCUCAUUUUCUCAUGCUUCAGUGAAGAUGCAAGCCUGACGGGAAGAGUACAGGCAAUUGCAUUUCAAUCAGUUGAUAUGAGGAAACGGGCAGCACAAUCAAGGAUGACACACUCAUCAUCUGGAAGACGGACGGGCCAAGAAGGAGGAUCAGGACAGUCUUAUCAGGGGGGAAGAUGGGUGGAUGGGGACUCUGAUGACAUUGCGGUGAACUCCAAGUCUUCCACCAAGAAUCAGCAACAGGACGUGGCUCAGGAUAUUGGCCGUGGUGACGAUGCAUAUGGAUCGGGACCAAGGGGUGGAGUCGGUGUGAGUGGAAGGAACAGAGACGGUGCAUCGCAAGGAGCAGGAUCGAUAUCAUAUUCAAACGCUGUACGGUCAAGUAUUGACAUGGAUGGAGAAGCCUCUUUAUCAGAAGGCUUGGAGGAAGCGUUUCAUCGGUCAAGCUUGGAUAUAAGCGGUGCAGAUUUUGUUCAAAAACUGGUUCCUCUGCGGGUUGUCCAGUCUCACGUCGGUGUGCCGCCUGAACUACUUUUGUCACCCAUGGUUAAUCUCCAGAGGAUAUUGUUUGCAGAGGAGAGAGCUGCUUUCAGUCAAGUGAUGCAACUAGGUGCAAGGGAUGGAAAGGUUCAUCCUCUAGCAGUAAUGCAUCACUCAGCAACUUAUCACGCUUCCCUCUGCAAGCUCAUGGAGUACUGCCUGAUCCCUGUGGUGUCUGCGCUCAUGGAUCGGCUUCAACAGAAUAAGAUGAAGAUUGCUGAAGCUGACCGGGAAUUGGCGAGGCUCCAGGAAUUGAGGAGCACCAGCAGGAGAGCAUCAUUGUCGCGAUCAAACAGUUCGCAGAGCAGCAGGUCAAGCAGCGGCCUCCCAUCGCCGUCAAGUCGACGCAGUACUGUGACAUCGACAACUGUUCCAAUACAAAGGACCAGUGCCACUCGGAGGGAGGUGGGAGGAAGCUAAGCCGGCCCUUCUUUUCACAGAUAAGUCGACUCAAUUCAAUGUAUAGGGUUGGACCCCCAUCUCAAACACCCAAUCUUGAGUAGGCUUGAGAGUAAGUACAGUUCUCAGGCUCGCUUCAUGAUCAAUCCCUUCCAUUAGGAUGAGGUUUUGCUGAGAUCCUAGAUGUGCGUGGAUCGCUUCAUUUGGGUUAAGUUCUGGUGUUGAUCCUGCUUAUGCUCUUAUCCUGGAGAAAACAGGUUCGCAGUCGGCACAGGACCACGUCUCUGGGAGAAAGAUGACAGAGAACAGAGGAUUUAGACUAUGAAAGAUAUGGAGCUGUGGUGAUGGGGAGGAUGGGAAGUCCAGGGUCGUAACAGGAGGGGAAAAGUGUAGGAUUGUGAUGGAGGGGUGAAGCAAGAAGAAGAAGGGAUGUGCAGGGUGGCGGCGAAUCUUUUUGUCCUCGUACGCCGGCAGUGCAUUCUUCUGUUAUGCCCUGACUGGUAGGCAUGCAGUCUCUUUGUCUCGUCUGCCAAUGGCGCGAGGAUCAGAACGUGUUGACUGUGUUGUGACUUUGGUCUCAGAGUCAUGUUUGAGGCGAGGGUGGUGGUGAUGGCGACUAUAACCCGGCAACGGCGGCAAGAAAGGGAUGGCACGCAGGUUCCCAGAGUUUUCAUUGUGGACCGGACGUUGUGCCUUGUAAAGUUUGGAGAUCUGAGUCUGUCAGUUGCCCCAAGAGGUUCAAUCUUUGUUACGGUAUUGCACACCCAAUGUUUCUGGGAGUUCAUUGAGUGGUGCCUUUGGAUGCUUCGCAGGUCGAUAGAGAGCUGACCUUUGCUGUACAGGGCCUUCGGGCAUGGCAGGUGUUUCUUGUAGGGUGAUCAUAUUUGGUGACAGGCCAAGUAAGGCGCUUUGGUGGUUGCCAUUUUCAGCAAUGGGCGGCUAAAAGGUUUUCCUGAGCAGGUGACCUGUUUCGCCAGAGUUUUCCCAAUAUGGUUAGGUCAGCUUGGAAUGGCUGCAGACAUCAGACGCCGUGUGCCUGAGGGUAGUGAAGGGGCGGGAUGAGAGAGAGAGAGAGAGAGAGAGAGAGAGAGAGAGAGAGAGAGAGAGAGAGAGAGAGAGAGAGAGAGAGAGAGAUGGCCAGGCCAUGAUAAUCAGGCACAUUAAAUUCUUCAGUUGAUUGGACUGUCGAUUGGACAGUCAGUGGAAAAAGCAAUGGUCAGCAAGGACAAAGGACCCAGUCAAUGGUUGGUAGCUGACUCUUAGGUUUUAUUCUGAGAGUUUCACCUCAUGCUAAUGAAUACCUUUGUGGAUUUGGAGGUCAUAUGACGGGAGAAGAUCAGUGUAUCAUGGCAUUUUCCUCUCCCCUUGGUUUUCUGUCUCUAGCUGGACCACGAAGGAGGGACGGAAAGGGAGAGUAAGUAGUGAGUAGGGAAGGAGGCAGCAAAGGGGUGGACUUCUUUUUUGGCUGGUGCCGACAGCCAUUGUGGUCGGGUAACAUCGAGCCUAUGAAAUUUGAAUUUCCUUGGCAAUGAAAUGAAAUCUUUUAACAAAG